UCGAGUUCAUCCGGUCCUUGCCAUCAUCCAAACCUCCCCCUCCAUUCAGCCAGCAAAAGGCGCGAAAGGCAUCCAAGCUGUCUCUCUCGACGAUACCUCCACCCCAAGCUGACCCUUGGACCCCAUCGACCAUCAUGACCGACUCGACCACGGCCGAAGGAAGGAGGCAGGCCGACUGGGCAGAGUUCUAUAAAAACGGGCCACCAAAGGAGGUCAUUGUAAUUGAGGACGAUACACCGCCGCCGCCCUCGCUCUCCUCAUCCACAUCGUCAUCGGCCUCUGGUCAACAGGUCCCCAAUGGCCAUCCCGUUACCUCCCCACGGUACCGGAUAAUGCAGCCUCAAUUGCCCCCCGGCCAGCACUACUAUCCAGGCUCAUCGACAUCACAAACUGGUGUCUCCUCAAUACCAGUAAAUGCAGGAGGGCGUGUGACAAGGAGGACUAACAAGCGGGCGCCGUCAUCUGAUCUAGCUGCCUCAGGGUCCAAUGACAUGUCUAACCAUGUACCGAAUCAACACUACGCAUAUGCACAGGGCUCAUACGCCCCCGCCCUUCAUAAUCAACCUCACCCUGCACAGAUGUACGCGAACGCAGCAUUGGUCGCGCGACCAGACGUUGGAAACACGCCCAAUAGUGCUGUCACUGCACCCACUAGGAAAAAGCGGAAAUCCAAUGCGGAUGUCAAGUUUGUGCAGCCGCGAACAUGGCAAGAAAACCAGGCACCUUACUACCCACCAGCGCCUCAGACCCAUGCUAACGCACCAGUGGCUAACCGAGAUGCACCGGUUAAUAUACCCCCUUGGGAUGAUAAAGAAGGCCAUUACAUUGUUGUUGUCAAUGAUGAUUUUACGAACCGCUAUAAAAUUAUCAAACUGUUGGGACAAGGGACAUUUGGAAAAGUAGUCGAGUGCUACGAUAAGGAGACAGGGAGGCAUUGUGCCAUCAAGAUCAUCCGUGCUGUUCAAAAGUAUCGUGACGCGAGCAGGAUCGAAACCCGCGUGCUGACCACGUUGAAAAAGAACGAUCCUCCGAAUGCAUAUAAAUGCCUUCACCUCAAUGACUGGUUCGAUUAUCGGAACCACAUCUGCAUGGUGUUUGAUCUCUUGGGACAGUCGAUCUAUGACUGGCUCAAGGACAACGCUUUUUGUCCGUUCCCGCCUAAUCAGAUUCAGUUCUUCGCGCAGCAACUCCUAAGAAGUGUAGAAUUCCUUCACCGUCUGCGGUUAAUCCACACUGAUCUCAAACCGGAAAAUAUCCUGCUAAAGAACGGUGCAUAUAAGCAGGUGCCAUACAAGAAGUCACCAAAUAAGAUGCGGAGAGUAUUAUUAGACCCAGAAAUUCGGCUGAUUGAUUUUGGAAGUGCAACCUUCCAGGAUGAACACCAUUCGACUGUUGUCAGCACGCGGCACUAUCGCGCGCCGGAAAUCAUUCUUGGUCUUGGCUGGUCUUACCCAUGUGAUAUCUGGUCUGUUGGCUGUAUUCUGGUGGAAUUCCUUACUGGGGAAGCGCUCUUUCAGACCCACGACAAUUUGGAGCAUUUAGCCAUGAUGCAGGCUGUCCUCGGACCUAUACCUGAUAAAAUGAUUCGCUCGUGCCACAAAUCGGCCCAAAAGUACUUUGUGCAGGGACGACUGGAUUACCCUAAUGACGAGACAAAACGUGCGAGCCGGAAAUAUGUGAAGGCUCUGAAACCCCUCAAGGACUAUGUUGUACCGGCAGCCAACCGCGCCGAGAAUCUAGGCUUUGCGGCGGCACUGAAAGAUUUACUUGGUCAGCUGUUGACAUACGACCCCGAGAAACGCAUCACGGCCGCACAGGCACUGAAGCAUCCUUACUUUAGCUACAUCGUGGACGAGGCAGGACAGAUCCUCGGCAAGAGGGCCGGCGGCGAUUCCUUCCAUCCACCUAGAUGAUUUUAUUUCUAUUUUUUUUUAUUUUCUCCCCUUUUUCAUAACUUUUUUGCUUCAAAUAUCCAUUAUUAUUCAUGAUCCAUUCAUCGCUAUGUCACGUAUUUCGUUAUUUCCUCCGUAUUCUUAUUGUUUUGUUAUUGCGCGCGCAUAGUUCCAAAUACUCCCCUGGCGCUUUAAACGCAUAGAAACUACCGGCCAGGCAGACUAGUCAGACAGUUACCAUCCUC